AUGUUUGAAGAACUAGCUUAUCGAUACCAACUAAAAAUGAUCUGGCCUGAGCGUCCUGGGUAUGGUCUAAGUGAAGAAUGCAACUCACAAAAAAUGACAGCACUCGAAUGGGCAGAUGUGAUUAUUCAAUUGUCAGAUCAACUCAAGAUAGAUCAGUUUAGUAUGAUAGCACAGUCUGUAGGCUCAGUAUUUGCUUUAGCAGUAGCUUACCAAUUUCCGAGACGAGUACUUGGUCCUAUUUUCUUAAUCUCACCUUGGGUGUCAACACAAUUGGCAGGCACAUUUAAAUGGACUCGCCGAUUACCUGCGCCUUUAGUGGCAAAGACAGUAUCAUUAGCUCUUGAUGUAAUGUGGAUGUUCAAUAGAACCAGUAAUACAACCAUCCAUUCUACACGUACAUCACUUGAAGACGAAAAGCGCAUCGAUUAUACCCAAACAAUCCAUACCCAUCAAGAGUCAAACAAGAAAGUUCGGCGUACGACUGUUGCUUUUGAAGAAGACGAACUACUUGCAUCACUUGAAGAAGAAAUGCCGGAUCUCACAACAGAUUUUCCAACAGAUCGACCACUAAGACAUUUUGUUCGACCCAAACAUAUGUCAUUGUAUCUAGCGAUGAAUAAUUAUCGCAUGUCAGAGAAUUACAGUCAGGGGCAAUUAUGCGAUGUCAUGGUUGCUCUUGAAAAAUACCAUUUGUUUGGUUUUAACUACUCAGAUGUCAAGACUUCAGUCUCGGCUGUCUGGGGAGAUAAAGAUGGAUUAAUUCCAUCCACAGUCAUUGAUGUCCUAGCAAACAGUUUUCAUGAUGUGAGGCUCAAGAUAUUAGAGAGUGAAGGUCAUGAUCUUGUUUGGAAAGAAGGAGUUAUGGAAUGGGCAAUACGAGGGAUUGCACAGAAAAUAAAGCCAUAUAUAUGA